AUGAAUUUAGAAGAAACUCUCCUAAUUCUUUUUGAAAGGACACUAGAAUCAAGCAAAGAUGACCAUCUACAAACCAUACUCGCAAGUCAAGCUAAAAUAAUCUAGUAAAAAAAAGAAAAUGUCACCCCUAUGUAAUCCCAGACAUCUGCCAUUCAGAAAAAGCUCUAAGUCAUAGAGAAGAAUUUCAUAAACUAAGAUGCAUUCAAAAAAAGGAGAAAAUCUAAAUAUGACCACCGUUCUAAUACUGGCUCACAACAUGACAAUGAGGAUGCUCCAACAAUCAUGCUUGAUGAGGAUAAUCAAGAAACAAUCACUGACCAGUCUAGUUUAUAAAAGCUCAAAAGUGAGAAUUCCAAAUUACAAAAACAAAUUACAGAAUUAGAGUAUGUUCAAAGAGAAAAAUACCUUAAAAAUUGCAGCGAAAUGGAACAAAUUACUAAAGAAUAAAAGCUGUUAUUGGAAAACGACAAGAAGCUAAAUGAAAAACAAAGAAAAUCAAAUUAACGAUCAUAGUUAUUAUAACAAAAACAGUAAAAUUUGCAUAAGCAAGAAUUGAAUUAUUAUAACCAACAACUCAAUAUAGAUGAAUGUUCAUAGGAACAAUUAAGAUAUGAUAAUCAAUUAAACAACAGGAGAGAUGAAAUGGAAAAACUACAAAUCAAAUUGAAUAGUUUUGUGUCCCAAUUACUGAGUCUCCAAAGAAAUAAAAAUAAAGUACAGAGUUAGUUAAAUGUAUAAAUUGAUGCUGUUGAAUAAUUGGCUUAAUUCAUUCUAAAGGAACGCUCCAAUCUCUAGUAGGACUAACAAUAUCUUAGACAAUUCAAGGAAAAGGUCUUAGAGGAAAAGAAACAAGUCCUACAAAUGUAAGAGUAGCUAUCAUGA